AUGGCUAUGGCUUCAAUAGCUGGCUUCCUCGGCUCCUCCCAAGCCGUCCUCGAGGGCAGCCUCCACCUCAGCGGCUCGAGCCGCCUUAGCAUCGCUUGCAGCCCUAAAUCGGUUCCCCUGGAGAGACCGUGUUUCACCAUCCGGGCCCAGUUGCCGAGCCAAGCCGAGACCAAAGAGACGAGCCGCCGGGGCAUGUUGGGGCUUGUUGCAGCUGGGAUUGCAUCUGGCUCGUUCGUGCAAGCCGUGUUAGCUGAGGCCAAGCCGAUCAAGGUCGGGCCUCCACCUCCACCCUCCGGCGGACUGCCCGGAACGUUGAACUCGGACGAACCGAGAGAUCUCGCGCUGCCUCUUAAGGAUCGGUUCUUCCUGCAGCCGCUCACGCCAGCUCAGGCGGCGGCUAGGGCCAAGGAAUCGGCCAAGGAAAUCGUGAACGUGAAGUCGUUUAUCGACAAGAAGGCUUGGCCUUACGUGCAAAACGACCUCCGAUUGAGGGCCGAGUACCUCCGUUAUGACCUCAACACAGUCAUCUCGGCUAAGCCCAAAGACGAGAAGCAAUCCCUAAAGGACCUCACCGGAAAGCUUUUCCAAACCAUCAGCAACCUUGACUAUGCAGCAAAGAUCAAGAGCAGCCCUGAGGCAGAGAAGUACUAUGCUGAAACUGUAACUAAGUUGAAUGAUGUUCUGUCCAAGCUUGGCUAG